AACAAAAUUAAAAUAUUCAUCGGCUUUAGACUCGAAAUCGUUUUCAGCUGCGUGCAGUCUGCUGAAAGUCGCGUUGAUUCGAAAGGACAACUGAAUUGCCGGCGAUGCAAUAAUGGAAGCCUCACACCCCGAGGUGCUGGCCGCUCUCGCAGCGGCCACCAGCCAAGACAUAAAUCUGCUGCGGCCGGCAGAGAUGCGCCUCAAGGGAUGGGAGACAUCGCCCGGCUUCUAUGCGGCCCUCUUGUCCGCCUUCGCCGACCUUGGACAGCCCGUCAACGUGCGCUGGAUGGCCGUUUUGUGCAUGAAGAACGGAGUCGACCGAUUCUGGCGCCGCAACGCACCCAAUGCAAUUAGCGAAGGCGAAAAGGCAUCUGUUCGACAGGCGUUGGUCGCUUGUUGUCUCCGUGAACCCGCACCGCAGAUUCUGACACAACUAGCAGUUUUAUCUUCCAAAAUCGCCCGACACGAUUGGCCAAGGGAAUGGCCAGAGUUGCUGAACCAGCUUUUAGAAGGAGUGCAGCAGCCAGGAACGAGACAGCAAGCCUUGUUAGUUCUGCAUCACGUGGUAAAGACGUUAAGCUCAAAGAGGCUGGCCGGCGACCGCAGGCUCUUCCAGGAGCUGUCUUCCUCCCUCUUUCCCCACAUUCUGCUUGUUUUUGAGCAGAACAUGGCAGCGCAGGCUGUCACAGAAGGAACACUGGCGCUCAAGAUUUUGCGACAGAUCACAGUGCACGGGUUCAAGGCCCCUUAUGAAGAGGCUGCAGUGAGAUCUUUCCUCGAUUCAGCGAUUCCUAGAACAAGAGUUCUCAUUGAAAUGCGGCAAAAUGCCUCUGACCAAGCGGCAAUCCAAAAACUGGCUUCGUUAAUGCUUAAGCUAUUAUCAGACAUUCUGGAGAACCAUCCGUUCUCCUUCGGGCCUUUGGUUGCCAGCACCCUGCAACUGAUCGACAACCUUAUCCUGAACGAUACGGGUUGCAGCCUUCUUUUCGAAAGGGCCGCAGUUCAGCUUUUGAACCUCUUGAAGGGCAUCCUAUUGUGCUCGGAGUUCAAAAGCGACGCUUUCCCUGCUGGUCAGCAGGCGCAGCAGGCCAAAAGUCAGUUUUUCACGCCGCAGUUGCUGCAGGCGCUGUGUCAGCGACUUGUCGCUCGAUUCCUACCUCUUAGCCAGGAUGAACUUAAGCAGUGGGCCGAGGACGCGGAAGCCUUUGCUGCUGACGAGGGAGGCGAGUGCUGGAGAUACGCACUCAGACCGUGCGUCGAGAGCUGCUUUGUUGCUCUCUUCAAGGAAUAUAAUAGUCACAUGGUUCCGCCUCUCAUCCAAAUGAUGCAGUCCAACUUGAGUCCGACAACUCCAAUUCUUCUUAAAGAGGCUAUUUACACGGCUGUUGGACUUGUGUCUUAUGAACUGUACGAUGAGGUCGAUUUUGACUCGUGGUUCAAAGGACCGCUCAGAGAGGAGCUCACCUGCACUCAGGCCGACUACCGCAUAAUCCGCCGUCGAAUUGCGUGGCUGUUGGGCCAAUGGUCUUCCGUGAAGCUGUCCCCCGACCUGCGUCCCCUAUUAUAUUCCUCACAAAUGACCCUGCUAUCAGCAGACGAGGACAUGGCUGUCAGAUUGGCCGCAGCUCAAUCUCUGCGAAACUCGUUGGACGACUUUGACUUCAGUCCAGAGCAAAUCGAGCCCAUUCUCGGCGAUUGCUUCAAUUUACUGCUCACCCUGCUGCGCGACGCCCGCGAGUGCGAUUCCAAAAUGCGCGUGCUGUCCGUCGCCUCGUUCGUGGUGGAGAGAGUGGGCCAGGCGGUUCGUCCACAUGCCGCCGCCCUCGUGCAGUGUCUUCCCCAGCUGUGGGCCGAGAACCACCCCAUGCUGCGAGCCGCGGUGGCGGGUGCCCUCAUCCCCCUCGUGUCCGCGCUGGGACCCGACCACAACCAACUCUCCAACUUCCUGCUGCCCGUGGUGGAAACGGCCACCAACAUGAACGAGGAAGCCCACGUGUACCUGUUAGAAGAUGGCCUCGAUCUCUGGCUCUGCAUCAUGGAAAACGUCGCCCAAAUGAGUCCGCAGUUGUUGAUGCUGUGGCCCAGGUUGGCGACGCUCAUGGAAAUGACCACCGAGCACUUGCAGAUAUGUCUACAGCUCACCAAAGCCUACCUCCUUUUGGCGCCUACUCAGUUCCUUGAGACGCACGGAAGAAAUUUGGUUCAUGUACUUAAUGAUAUCAUGGUUGACAUCAAACCUGAAGGACAAUUGCAGAUCCUGCGUCUCGUCGAGUUGAUCCAGCGCGCAGAGCCAGCGGCCAUGAGCCUUUUGCAACCCCUUGUGUGUCGCGUCGUCUGCAGCGUCUUGCAGGGGGACGCAUUGCCCAUGCUGAUGGCCCUGCAGUUCUCGGUCCUGGCCCGACUGUUGCUGGACGCGCAGAACGUAAUCGCGGAAUCCAUCAACUCGAUCGUCCAAAUUUCUGGCGAGACGCCCGACGCCGUUUUGCAGAGAGUCCUCGAAGUGUGGCUCUUCAACAUGAACCUCUUCACGCAACCUGAGCGGCGCAAAUUGCUGGCCUUGGCGUUGGUGACGCUUUUGGCCGCUGACGACCGCAGAUUCUGCGGUAUCCUCUUGGCUGUGGCCGAGGUCCUUAACGACUUGCACGGACCUCAGGGUGACACGCUGCUGCUCGGAUCGAUUGCUCUUGAGGAAGACAGCUGUGAGGAAGACUCGACAGAGUUCGAGCGACGCCGCAAGCGCCUCAGCCUGACGGACCCUGUGUACUUGAGAGUGCUGGCUACUGCUCUCCAAGAGCAACUAGAUCGACUGAAACGGCAAGUUGGGCAGCAGACCUGGGUGCAGCUGGUCUCGUCAGUUGACGUCGAGACGCUGCAGCAGGUUCGAAACUUUGUUACCCUUGACUGAAUGAUUUUGGAGAAUGAUACACUACUGAUGAAUCUUAUAAUAUCGUGAUAUUAUGCCAAUAAAAUUUUAAAACUGAA